AUGUUAUUAUCGGAGUACGACAUCCAAUAUCGUGCCCAAAAAGCCAUCAAAGGACGUGUUUUAGCCGAUCAUCUGGCCUCUCAACCUAUUGACGAUGAUCAAUCCUUGAAAGACGACUUCCCAGAUGAAGAGAUCAUGUAUUUGAAAUCAAAAGAUUACGAAGAGCCUUUACAUGGAGAAGGACCUGAUCUUGAAUCCCGAAAGGGUUUGAUAUUUGAUGGAGCUGUUAACGCUUAUGGUCGAGGAAUUGGGGCAAUCAUUGUCAUGCCACAAGGUUCUCACGUACCAUUUACUACAAGACUGAUGUUCGAGUGCACCAACAAUAUGGAAGAGUACGAAGCUUGUAUCAUGGGACUAGAGGAAGCCAUUGAUCUUAGAAUCAAGAUUCUAGAUGUGUAUGGAGAUUCUGCUCUAGUUAUUAAUCAAAUCAAAGGAGAAUGGGAAACAUGUCAUCUUGGUUUAAUUCCUUACAGAGAUUAUGCCCGAAGACUGCUGACCUUCUUCAACAAAGUGGAGUUCCAAAACAUACCUCGUGAGGAAAAUCAAAUGGCAAAUGCAUUGGCUACCUUGGCUUCCAUGUAUAAGGUGAAGUUUCCAAAUGAAGCUCCUCAAAUUACAAUCAUGCGCCUAGAUAGGCCCACUCAUGUAUUAAGUGUUGAAGUUGUCAAAGAUGAUAAGCCGUGGUUUUAUGACAUUAAAGUCUUCUUACAAAAACAAGAGUACCCACCUGGGGCAUCCAACAAAGACAGAAGAGGAAUUUUGACAUGGUAUUGCUCAGAUGCGUGGAUAGACAGGAAACAAACCAAUUAA